AUGGGAAAAUUCACAUUCAAGUGGCCCAACAAUGCGAGCGAGGUGUUCGUGACAGGCACUUUCGACGAUUGGGGUAAGACGGUGAAACUGGACAGGGUAGGCGACAUCUUCGUCAAAGAAGUAUCUCUGGCGCCUGAAAAAACCCAUUACAAGUUCGUCGUCGACGGUACUUGGACCACAGAUAGUAGUGCGCGCGAGGAAGACGACGGCCACAGCAACAUCAACAACGUCCUUUUACCCGAAGAGAUCAUUGACUCCACGGACGCCCCAAUGUCUGGUGUCACCCCAAAUUCCACUACCGCGGCUCUCGCUGCCAACGUGCCCAAGGAAGCAAAUGGCAACCUGCCUGGCACUUUCCCUGAUACUCCAAACCAGGAGAGCGAGCAGACCCUGGGGGUGGAUCCCAUCCCCGCAUCAGGCGGCUAUGGCAACCCCAUCAAGCUGGCACCUGGUGAAAAGGUCCCUGACUCGAGUGAACUCCACAACAACACUGUGGACUCUACGGUGAAGCUGGAUCAGGAGUCAUACGAGAAGGGGCAGACCCUUCCUGUUGGCGGAAACCCCAACUCUCCUGGAGACAACGACAGCGCUUUCGCAUUCGCCAUUCCACCCAUCACGAACAACAUGAUUCCCGAAUCUAGCCUUCCCAUCGGAGGCCCUGCGCAACAGGCAGCUGCUAAUGACAAGGAGCCCGUCUACAUUGGCGGUCCGGCCCAGCAGGCAGCAGCGGCUGACCCCGGGUACACCAUUCAAUCUGCCGCUCCCACCUCUACUACUGCUGCAUUGGCUGCCGAGGUGCCUCUGGAGCCCAAGGGCAAGCAGACUAACGGCAACAAGCCUGUUGAGGAAGUCCCCGAGGUGGUGAAGGACUCUCUCGCCGAGGCCCACCAGGACCCCGAGGCUGCUGCCAACCAGGCUGCGGUCGACGAGAAGAAGAGAUUCGAGCAGGAACUUCAGAAGAAGGUCGAUGUCGAGGAGUCUGGAGGUGCCCCGGCACCCACCGUGACUGCGGCCACCCAGCCCAUCGCCCCUCACCUGACUCUUGCGAGUGGUUUUGACUCCUCGGAUGUGUCGCCGACUUCUACGCCUCCCCCUGGUCGCAAUGCUGCUGCCGCUCCCACCUCGGCUCCCACCUCGGCUCCCAAGACUGAGUCCACAGGCCCGACUGUGACCACUGGUGUUGACUCUGCCCCUACUGACGAGACUACCACCGCCAAGCCUGCCGGUCCUACUGUGACCACUGGACCUGAGACUACCAAGGCUCCCGAGACUUCCACCCCCAAGCCCGAGUCCAAGCCCGAGUCCAAGCCCGAGUCCAAGCCUGAGUCCAAGGCCGCAGAAUCCAAGCCUGCAGAGUCCAAGCAGUCUCCCAGUACUGAGGGUGCUUCUACUAACGGCGACAAGAAGAAGAAGCGUCUGAGUGGCUUCAUCCAUAAGCUCAAGGAGAAGUUCAAAUAA